UCUUAGCACCCGAGAUUCCUGCUCUGUUACGUAAACGCCUCUUAAGGGAAAGAUUCACUGUUUAAUUCGGAUGAAAUAUUACAGUGAUCUCAGUGACUUUGACCGUAGCAUGGAUGUUGGUGUCAGAUGGGCUGAACUACUGGGAUUUUCACAAGGAAGCUCAGCAAUGCCUUGUAAUAAUUCACCCUAGUUUUGGGAUUUAGUUCCAGGGAAACAUCUCCAACAUUGGCUUCUUUAACUUCUGACUGCCUCCAUCAGAUGUUUAAAAAGAUGCUUUUAGUGCCUUCCAGUGAUAUGGAGAUACGUAAUAAUCCAGAGGUGGACUUUAACUUCUCUUAUGCAGAGUCAAACUCAAACUCAAGAACAGUUAAUUCAAAGGUCAAAACUAAAGUGAGAGGACAGUGGUCAAAUAAAACGGAAUUCCUCCUGGCUGUUGCUGGACAAAUCAUUGGCCUAGGAAAUGUGUGGAGGUUUCCUUACUUGUGCUACAAAAAUGGUGGUGGAGUGUUUUUAAUACCAUAUUUGAUCUUCCUAUUUGCCUGUGGCAUUCCACUGUUCCUCUUGGAGACAUCAUUGGGUCAAUACACCAGUCAGGGUAGCAUCACCUGCUGGAGAAAAAUCUGCCCUUUGUUUCAAGGAUUAGGCUAUGGAUCCAUAGUGGUCCUGUUGUAUUCCAGCAUCUACUACAUUAUCAUUAUGGCCUGGGCAUUCUUCUAUCUCUUUUCCUCUUUUAGUACUGAGCUACCGUGGGCUAGCUGCAGCAAUGCCUGGAACACUGAAAUGUGUGUUGAAUUUGAUAAAAAGGACAAUUUUAGCAACUCAAGAGACAAUGCAACUUCACCUGUUAAGGAGUUCUGGGAGAGGAGAGUGCUAAAUCUCACAGGUAGUAUACAGGAGCUUGGCAAUGUGAGGUGGGAGCUGGCUCUGUGUCUCCUCUUGGCUUGGAUCAUCUGCUACUUCUGUGUCUGGAAGGGAGUGAAGUCUACAGGAAAGGUGGUCUAUUUCACUGCUACAUUUCCUUAUGUGAUGUUGGUGGUGCUGUUGGUACGUGGACUCUCAUUGCCUGGUGCCACUGAUGGCAUCAGAUUUUACCUCUACCCAGAUCCUACACGUCUCACAGACCCACAGGUGUGGAUGGAUGCUGGAACUCAAAUUUUUUACUCCUAUGCUCUCUGCAUGGGGUGCCUUGCUGCUCUCGGAAGCUACAACAAGUAUAACAACAACUGCUACAAGGACUGUAUUUAUCUGUGCCUGUUGAACAGUGGGACCAGUUUUGUGGCAGGCUUUGCCAUAUUCUCUGUGCUGGGCUUCAUGGCUUAUGAGCAGGAGACAGACAUCUCAAUAGUGGCAGAGUCAGGUCCAGGGUUGGCCUUUAUUACAUACCCCAGGGCAGUUGCGAUGAUGCCUGUUCCACAACUAUGGGCCAUUUGUUUUUUCAUCAUGAUAGUUCUGCUGGGCUUGGACACAGAGUUUGUGGGUUUGGAAACAUUAAUGACAGCUAUAACUGACCUGUACCCUUCUUACUUACUCCUUGGUUAUCGUCGCGAACUUACCCUGCUCUUCAUCUGUUUUGGGAAUUUCCUCAUUGGCCUGGUUAUGGUAACAGAGGGUGGCUUGUAUAUUUUCCAGUUGUUUGAUUACUAUUGCUGCAGUGGGAUGACACUUCUGUUAUUUGCCAUUCUGCAGUCAGUGUGUAUAGGGUGGGUGUAUGGGGCUAAUCGCCUGUAUGACAAUAUUGAGGACAUGAUUGGCUAUCGACCACUGUUCUUAAUAAAGUACUCUUGGAAAUACAUCACUCCUCUAGUCUGUACUGGUACAUUUGUGUUCUCUCUGGUCAAAUUCACUCCUCUGAAGUUUAACAAUAUAACUGAAUACCCCUGGUGGGGCUAUGCUCUUGGCUGGUACUUCACACUCUCUUCAACUCUAUUGGUUCCUCUUUGGAUGAUCUAUGCUCUCCUCACUUCCACUGGCUCACUGAGACAGAGAUUACAUGCUCUCUGCACCCCAGAAAUAAACCUUCCUCAGAACUCAAGCAGAAGAAAAAAUGGUUCAACUUUUAUUGGCUUUACAGCUGUACCACGAGAGCAAGAACAUCCUUGAAGUAAAAGCAUGGUGUUUGAUUUGGGGUACUUGUCUACUAUAGGGGUACUUGUUUAUUUGUCUCAUUGUACAUCAGCUCCUGAGCAUAACUUUUACACACUGUCAUUUGUUAAACAGUUUCAUGCAACAGUUCUAUUCUACAAUAUUAGAGUAUUUCUGGUUACUCUGUGUACAUCAAGACCAGAUAACCUAUCGCACCGAAUUAAUUAUGUUUUUGUUAAAUAAAUCUACAUUACUUUGAUAUGGCAACAGACUGAUGUAUGUAAUGAAGGCCAAAAAUCAUCAUCUAGUAUGUAUAUUUGGUAGAAUUAUAGUAGAUUUUAGUUUAUUUCUUUACAGUUGCUUGUUUCAUAACAGUGCAAUAGCCAGUGCUUGUUUAAAUACAUGUCUCAGUGUUCUGACAACACAGACUUUUUAAAGGGCCCUCCAGAAUCAUCAGCACCCUUGAUAAUGAUAAGGACAAAGAAAAACCUUUGUCUAGCAUCUUUUGUGUCAUCUUACACUUUUAAAAAAUGUAACCUUUCAGUGAGGUAACAUUAUUUUUUAAAAACCUUAAGCAUUAAAAAAAAACCUGUGUCACAA